GCAGUGGGGCGGGGGGAGGGGCUGCAGACUGUGCAGCAGAGAGGGGACCAGAGCCACAGCGUCAAAGUCGUUUGUCCAAUGCAAUUGAACAAUGAGCUGAAGUGUAUAUUACGUGACCGAAAAAGAUGUACUGCCGAGAGUUUGUUGUGUUAUACACGCAUCAAAAAACAAAAAAGGCUAAGACAUGGCAUGAUGGGAUUUUGAAGAUCAGUUCUUCUGGAAGCAAGGCAACAUUGUUUGACGAGAAAGGACUCUGCCUGGAUUAUGUACAUGUCAAGCCUGAAGAGAUAAAAUCGGGAGAUGAUUUGGAAAGUGACCGAUAUUUGAUCACUGUAGAGGAGGAAAAAGCUCCCAAGAAUGAUCAGGCUGCUUGUCCUCACCAGAAGGAGGCCCCGAAGCUUGGUACCAUCAGUAAAAGGCCUGCAAUUCCCACUCGGUGUCACCUACCUGUGGGUCUGAAAAGGAAGUACACUGGUUUUCAGGGUCCUCGGGAAAUACAGUCACAAAAGAAAGUCACAGUAGAAGAAAAAGACAUAGUGGGUGUAGUGAUGAAGUCCCAAGAGCAUAGCCUUUCUCUUCCUCCUCAGUUUUAUGCUACCUCUCCCCUCUUUUCUACUUCAUACAUGAAGGAAAGGAUGACUUCAGUUUCUGGAGUUUCGGCACUUCCAUCUGUGAAAGACAGCACAGCUAAUUUAUCAAGGGAAGUUGCAUCCAUCUCGUCCUUACCCACUGCACCUUAUUCAAAUUCUAUUCAGAAAUCGAAUCCCAAGGAAGAAAUCCAUGCUUUUUAUUCAACGGCAGGCCCCAGGAUACCCCAGACAAGUUCCAUCAAAGGGCUAUGCCAAAAACUUCAGUUUACUGUAGCAAAUAGCCGCCCUGGAGCACAUCCCCAUCCUGAGGGAGUGCAGGAAAACAGAAGGAGCAAAGCACAGAUUUUAGCACUUAUUGACUUAAGUGCAUUGCCGAGUCCUGACGUUUUGGAAACCUUCAACACUAAGCAGCAGAAGUCUUUGCCUCGUGGCAGAAGCACCACGUGCACAGUAGAAAAUGCUACUAGCCAUCCGGGGGUAAGUUGUUUUGAUCGUUCUUGCAGUGUUAUUGAAAAUGAGAGUCCAAGAUUGGAAGAGACUCGAGAUGCAAUGGAAUCUCACGACUCCAGUGAUAGCUUAAUGAUGGAUUUAUCUGUGGACAUGGGUGGGUCGUAUUCUUACCAGAAUAGACCAGAAGUGGAACAUCAAUGUGAGGAAGACAACCUGUAUUCUAGUAAUGCAAUAGCAGGGGAAGAGUCUACAGAUCAGCAGAUUGAUGUCACUGCUGAUUCGAGGGAAACAUCAACAACUGAAGCAUCAGAAAAGCCUGUGAAAGCACCAUUUGUAGAGGUGUUUUCCGAUGCUGGUUUCUCAUUACCCUCGUCUGGUAAGAACGCUGAAGAAACCGUUGUACCAAAUGAACCAGACUCAGGAGGCAGUAAACCUUUUGCUGACAUAAGCUUUGACCUGCUGGAUGACUUUAUCCUGGAUGAAAUGAGAAGUACUGAUUUGUGCACAAACAAUGCUGAAAAGUUAUUGCAACCAACAUCCAACAGCUGCACCUCCUAUAAGAAACUUGGAAGGUAUACUUCAGCUGAAGAAAAGAAGUUUGGAAAUGAUUUAGAAGCUAGUUGGACUGAAGGUGAGGAAAUGGAAAUGAGAUUUCCUGUUGCUGCUGAGGAAGAGAACAUUUCUCAGCUAAUGCGGGAGGAAUGCUGUGACAACAUUAAACCAGGAGCUCUCCUAAAGACUGAAUCUUCAAUGGAAGCACAGCCUUCACCGAGUCGAGAAAUACCUGUUCUUGAAGCAGAGGAAAGCAGAACGAGUGCUGAUGUGUACCCUUCUCUACCCGAACAGGAAGGUAGCAUUUUGUUACUAAAAUCUUUAUCGGAACAUGUCACUGCAUUAGAAAGCUUGAAAAAAUUAACAGAGUCCAAACAUUUUGAAGACUCAGUAAUUAAGGGAGGCUCAACAUCAGCACUUCUGAUGCAGGAAGAGAUUCCUGGAGCUCUGAGCGUAUUUGAGUCUGACUGUCCUGUGCUUGCUGUGAAGAGUUUGCCUGCAGGUUAUAGCUGGGCUCCAGCUGAGGCGACAGGAAGUAGACAAAUACUGCAAGAACAUGUGGAUGACUAUUGGCCGGAAGCUAUUACAACAACCAACAGACUACUCAGACCUCCAAAGCUUUCAGAACCAAUUGUACCACCAAUUGGUGCUCCAAGUUUCCAUGAACAGAAUUUAGAAGCUAGUGAAGACAUCUGUCUCUGGGAUGAAGAUGAUCAUGAGCCCAUCUUAUCAUCAAAGAUCCCUGCCUGGUUGAGUUCACCUUCUGCUUCAGAAUCUGACUUUGGAUUGACGCAAUGGCCAUCAUGGGAUUCUCACAAGGUUAAUCUAUACGGACAGGUAAAUUCUCCGGUACAGCAGGUGCCUUCAGUGAUCCCGGCCAUGAGCAGCAUCAUCAGACAUUCUAGGGAUAAUCUGCUCAAUAACGUGGAGGAAGAACUUGAGUUUUCAGUGCCAAGCCACCGAUCCGUUACCAGUGGACCCCUCUUUGGAAAAGAAGAGUUGAAGGCCAGAGAACCUAGAAUCCGACCAGCUUUGAGACUAAGAUCUCCACUUGUUACUGUGCCAUUAGCCACUGGUGUUGACUGGCCUGCUCCUAGUUUUGUGGACAGUUUUUCAGAUGCAAAUUGCGCCGAUCAUCUUGAGCAGAGCUCAACUGUUUACUCACUGCACAGCAUACAAGGGUGUUCACGUGGCAUUGAUGCUUCCUAUAAUAAUACUGAUGUAUUGGUCCAAGAGCUUGAACAAUCAGUGAAUCCUCAAGUGACGUUUGAGAGUCAGGGUAGUAAAUGGCUGAAGUAUGAAAAUUCGGCACAGCCCAGUGGAGUGUCUCAAAGAGGUGAUGGCCUUGCUGAAGGAGAUCACAACUUUAGUGGAGAUGUUAUGUUUGAAAUGCCGACCUUUGAGGAAAGGAACAGAAAGUUUCUUGAGAUGCAGAAACAUUCAAGUGAUUCACUUUGUGCACAGCUGAUAAAAGAGAAACUGGUCAACCAACACGGAAUUUCAAGCAGAGUAAACUUAUCGGAAAGGACCACUUUGUUAAAUGCCAUACCUACAAAUAUGGGGCACGGUUUAUCAAACCAAUCAAAUAAUCUCAGCCCAAAAGGAUUGCAGAAUCUCUUGGUGUCAGAGUUGUCUUUUCCCAGAGCACAGGUUUUGCAAGGGACUAUGGUUCCUAAGAGACAAGUCACCAUUCCAGUCACCUUCCUCAGUCCUGCCCAUUACAGGCAGGUUUUCACCGCAGCGUUAACAGAACAUCUCAACAUUUUGCUAUAUGAAUUGUCUUUAAAACUUCACCGAGUACUGUCAAAUGUCGAUCUAACCCAGUAUUCUUCAGAAAAAUCAGGAGGCGCUGAUAUUAAGCAAAGCUUUAUCCCCCUUUGCCAACAUCAGCAGCCUGCAAAACUUGUCAUGGUUAAAAAGGAAGGUCCAAAUAAGGGUCGUUUGUUCUACACUUGUGAUGCCUCAAAGUCUGACCAGUGUAAGUUCUUCAAAUGGUUAGACAAUGUGAAGCCCAUUGACUCAAAGCAGGAAACUGGGCCUCAGUCAAAACUGAUGCUAGCUGAUGCAAAGAGCAUAUCUGCUUUCAUCAGAAGUCAGCAUAUACAUUUUUAUGGUGAAUGCCAGCUGCACGUAAGGAGAAGAACAUUUAAUUUUCACAAUAGGAAGUUUUGUCGUGGCAAAUUGAAGGAACUCAGAAAUGAUGAAGAUUUGGAAAACACCUGUCAACCAAAACUGUACCUUCGACUGAGCAGGAAAGAGAACUCCUCGGUCUACAGUAGAGAUGAUCUCUGGAUAGUAUCAAAAACCUUGGCAUUUGACCCGUUGGAUACCUUCAUCGCAUGUAGUGUUUUCUUUGGACCAUCUUCAGCCAAUGAAGUGGAGAUUUUACCAUUGAAAGGAUAUUCUCCAUCAAACUGGCCUUCAGACAUGAUCGUUCAUGCCUUGUUCGUUGGCAAUGCCAGCACUGAAUUUACAUCGCUGAGGAAUCUGCAGGAGCAUGUCAAUCCAGCCUCACUUCCUUUGAUGCCAUAUUUACUCAAAAUGUCUUAUACUGGUGAGGAGGCAGUGAACAGAUCUGCACGAGGAAGAUUUAAUUCUCCUGCCUUAAAAAGGCCAAUGCCACAGACGAGGCUGUUGUGCCCAGAGACAACCCUUGUGAUGGCCAUGGAGAUGAUGCAUGUGUUUCACCUGAAUCCAGAUCAGGCGGCUGCUUUGAGACAAAUCGCUAUAAUGAUGGCGAGCAGCAAGAGCCCACAGGAGUCUGUUCUGCCUAUCACAGUCAUACAUGGUGUGUAUGGAGCUGGGAAGAGCUACCUGUUGGCUGUUGUGGUUUUAUUUCUUAGUCAACUUUUUGAAGAAAGUGAAUGUGUGGAGGGUCCCAGGCAGGUCCCGUGGAAACUUCUCAUUUCUUCAUCCACCAACGUCGCUGUGGAUAGAGUGCUACUUGGGCUUCUGAAUUUAGGAUUUGAUCGAUUUAUCAGAGUUGGAAGUAUUCGUAAAAUAGCCAAACCCAUCUUGCCAUACAGUCUGCACGCAGGCAGUGAUAAUGAAGAAUUGCGAGAGCUGCAGGCACUUCUCAAAGAGGAUUUGACGCCCGUGGAGAAAGUGCACGUGAGAAAGAGCAUUGAGCAGCACAAACUGGGCAGGAACAAAGCAAUGCUCAGAGAGGUGCGAGUGGUAGGAGUAACCUGCGCUGCCUGUCCUUUCCAGUGUUUGAACAACCUGAGCUUUCCUAUGGUGGUGCUUGAUGAGUGCAGUCAGAUGACGGAGCCAUCUUCCCUUCUUCCUAUUGCCAGGUUUGGAUGUGAAAAACUGAUCCUUGUUGGAGAUCCUAAACAAUUGCAACCCACGAUCCAAGGCUCUGAUAGUGCUCACGAAGCUGGACUGGAACAAACCCUCUUUGACAGAAUGUGCUUGAUGGGACAUACGCCCAUCCUGCUUAGAACUCAAUACAGAUGUCAUCCUUCUAUAAGUGCGAUAACCAAUGAACUUUUCUAUGAUGGACUGCUUAUGGAUGGUGUUUCUGCUUCAGAUCGAACUCCUCUGCUGGAUUGGUUACCUACUCUGUGCUUUUACAGUGUUAAGGGACGUGAGCAGGUGGAACGAGAUAGUAGCUUUCACAAUUCUGAGGAAGCAGCAUUCACUGUGAAACUUAUCCAGUCCCUGAUAGCUAGUGGGAUUGAAGGAUCUAUGAUUGGGGUGAUAACACUGUACAAAUCUCAGAUGCAUAAGUUGUGUGCAUUACUCAACAAUUCUGCAGAUUGUGAGCCGGCUGAGAUGAAAGCUAUUCAGGUAUCAACAGUGGAUGCUUUUCAGGGAGCGGAGAAGGAGAUUAUUGUCUUGUCCUGUGUAAGGACACAUCAGGUUGGGUUUAUAGACUCCGAGAAGCGUAUGAACGUUGCACUUACUAGAGGGAAGAGACACUUGCAGAUAGUGGGCAACCUGAACUGCCUUAGGAGCAACAAACUAUGGGAAAGAGUUAUUCAUCACUGUGAAGUGAAAGAAAAUGGCUUGAAGCAUGCAUACCAAUGCGAGCAGGAGCUGGACAUGAUCUUAAAAUCCUAUGGUGACAAGAGGAUUGAUGAGAAGACCCGAAGAGGACAGAAAAAAUUGAAAUCUAGAAGCAAAUCUCGAGAGCACAUUGAAGAUGUUAAAAGCACAGAGAAUGCUGAAGAAAGUACAGCACCUGAGGUGCAGCAUCAUGGAUAUUGCCCAAUAACGGAGGUUGCUGCAGAGAGAGAAGAGCAGCCGGGCACUGGAAGUCCACAACAGGAAUUCUGUGCUGAAUGGCAGGACAAAAAGAGCUGGAACAAAGACCCCAGGACUGCUCCCUCACCUUGUAGUUGGUCUGAGAACAAAACAGUGCUUGAUAUUGAGACACAGGAUGGAAUAAUAGACAUUAAUCAAAUGGAGGAGCCAGAAGUUAUGGACGAAAUGUGGGAAAAUGAUGCAGAUGACUUGUUACCUCCUUUCCCACUAUAGAUAGCACUUUUAAAACAUUGUCUAUCCAGAUUGUAUUCUUUUUACAUAUUUCCUGAUGCAAUAAUAUAAUGGUAAUAAUAAAUAGUUGUAUUUAAUAUAUUUCAUUUUAAUGGCUACAUUAUAUAAAUUGAUAACUGCAGUCCCACUUUUGUCAAAAAAAAUGUUUAGUUAAAUCUUCUCAAAUAAUUGUAAGUGGUUCCCCAAGCUCCUCCAGCCCACCCCUUGUCUAUUGGCUCCGCACAGUGCUCUUAGUUGACUGAAUUGCAUAGCUGUCUGACUGCUACAGAUUCUACAGCAUAACCAGGUAGGUGUGAAGCACCGUGUCCGACCAUAUGUGUUUUGUGACAGUGUUGAUUAUUUUAUUUUUGAAAGAGGAGUAUGGUUUUUGGGGAAGUCAGAGUAAUAAUCAAGAGCUGUCACACAGGUCAAGGGCAGCAUAGGUCAGAUCCAGAGUAAGGCUUCCACUACUUUGCUGCAAAAGGUGAGACCGCUCUUAUUUUUCAUCCCAUUGUUUUGCAUUUUGUUUGAACCCAUGGUUGAAGAGGUGAAAAUACAAUCUACUUGCUACUGCUGUUUUAAUCAGUCAUGUGGCUCCCCAAUUACUACAGUCACCAAGAAUUGAUGAGCAAUUUUAUAUAUGGCAAUUGUUCACUUCAGAUUAUUACAUUUUGGAGAAAUAAUGAUCGUUUGCUUCCCUUCUUCUUCCCAGGUAAUGAAAACAAUAAAUGAAGCUGUUUAAAUCUCAUAGAAACAUUGUCUUAUCUGUCAAGGAAAUUGUAUUAACUUACUUUGUAAUAAACCUGAUUGAUGGAUCCUGACAACAAAUUAAAUUAUACAGCUGUGGUACCAAUGUUAUUGCCAAAUCAUAUGAAAUGUACAUAUAAAAAAUGUUAAAUGUGUUCUGAUAGCCAACUACUUUAAUUCAGUUGAUUUCUAAAAGUCAGCUUGUCUUGGUUGGUAGCAUUGUCAUCUUUAUGUCAGAAAGUCAUGGAUCGAAGCCCCACAUAAGGAGCUAACACUCCAGGCAAUACUAGAGAAGUGCUGCUUUUUCAGAACUGCUGUUCUUUGGAUGCUUGUUCAGGUGAACGUUAAAGAUCCCAUGAUACCAUUUUUUUUUAAAAAGUGUGUUGUCCUGGUCAAUUCUCAUAAAUUAGUCAUCAUUCACUUUAUGUCUGUUAGUAGACCCCUGUGUGCAAAUUGGUUGCUAUGAUUGCCUAUAAAUACACAGUCACUACACUUGACGGAAUUUGGCUGUGAAGCGCUUUGAGAUGAUUUGAUGUUAAAGGAGCCAUAUCAGAUGAAAGGAUUAUACUAAACAGAAAUACUUUUGUGUUGUAAAUGACUUCCAGUAAACAAGGUAAUAUACACCAUCUUUCAUUGCUACUUGAAAUGUAUGUACUUUGGAAAAAUAUGUAAGUGAUUCUUUUAAUAAAUUUAAUAUAUAUU